CUUUUAAACCCAUUGCUGUUUACAUCAACACAACAUACUUUCUCUUCAGAUAUCUUCGCAUUUAUUUCGAAAACAAUUUAUAAAAUGGUUGUCGAAGUCGAAGAUGCGAUUAUCAAUACUUCUGGAAGUGAAGACGCGAAGAAUAAUAGACCCGAAAGACCCGAAAGAAAGACUGGAAGCUAUAUAAUGGAGUCAUUGAAUGAGAACAACAAUACGGUUCACGUGGUCUUCUCGAUGAAGGAGAAGGUGGGCGCUCUCGCAGACGCUCUCCAGAUAUUUAAGGAUAAUGACAUCAAUUUGUGUCGAAUUGAAUCGCGAUCUUCCAAACGACUCAACGAUGACUACGAAUUCCUGGUCGAGUGCUCCUCGAGGAACGGACAGCUCAACAAAGCCCUCGAUCUCAUCAAACCCAUCACCCAAUACAUGCAGGUUAUCGCCAGAGACCUCACACACAGC